GCGCGCGGCGGGGGCGCCGCCGGCGAUGGACGCCUCGCUGGAGAAGAUGGUGGACCCAACUCUAGCAGAGAUGGGAAAGAACCUGAAUGAAGCAAUGAAGAUGCUAGAAGACAAUCAAAGAAAAGAAGAAGAAAAUGAAAAAAGAUACACACGGAAGGAUAUUCCAGGACCACUUCAGGGCAGUGGCCAGGAUAUGGUGAGCAUACUUCAGUUAGUUCAGAACCUCAUGCAUGGAGAGGAGGAGGAGGAGUCUUCACAGUCCUACAGUGUUCUGGCUUGCAGACUGCAAAAUGUUGGAGAACAGGGUCACAUGGCUCUACUGGGACAUAGUUUGGCUGCUUAUAUAUCAGUUCUGGACAGGGAACGGCUGAGAAAACUGACCACAAGGAUCCUUUCAGAUACCACUCUCUGGCUUUGUAGGCUCUUCAGGUAUGAAAAUGGGUCAGCUUAUUAUCAUGAAGAUGAUCGUGAAGGUCUCUUAAAAAUUUGUCGACUUGUUAUUCACACACGCUAUGAAGAUUAUACAGUAGAAGGAUUUAAUGUGCUAUACACUAAGCAGCCUGUCAUAUACAUUAGUUCUGCAGCUAGAAUGGGCUUGGGCCAAGCUCUCUGCAAUCAGCUAGGGCUACCGCUUUCAUGCAUGUGCCGGGUGCCUUGUAACACUAUGUUUGGAUCUCAGCAUCAAAUGGAUGUUGCUUUAUUGGACAGAUUGAUAAAAGAUGAUGCAGAAUCUGGAAAAAUGCCUUUGUUGCUUGUGGCCAAUGCAGGGACUCCGGGAGCAGGACACACAGAUAAACUUGGGCGCCUGAAGGAACUYUGUGAACAGUACAACAUGUGGCUCCAUGUAGAAGGUGUGAAUUUGGCAACUUUGGCUUUGGGUUACGUCUCUUCUUCUGUACUGGCGGCUACAAAAUGCGACAGCAUGACCCUUACCCUGGGCUCCUGGCUGGGACUCCCAGCUGUACCUGCUGUGACACUCUACAGRCAUGAGGAUCCUUCCUUGUCCUUAGCAGCUGGGCUGACGUCAAGUCAGCCUGUUGAGAAGCUACGUGCCCUGCCGUUGUGGCUCUCCUUGCAGUACUUGGGCCAYGAUGGGAUUGUGGAGAGGAUAAAGCACGCCUCACAACUAAGCCAAAGGUUGCUGGAAAACUUGAAAAACCUGGAUUUCAUUAAAACUUCGGUUGAAGAUGAACUGAGUUCUCCUGUGGUUGUAUUCAGGUUCUUCCAGGAAUAUGCAAAUAGAGAUCAAACCCCACAUGCUGCACCGACCUCAGCAAUUCAGCACCCUAUAAUAAGCAACGAGAGACACGUCUGCGACACCUUCAAUCAGUGGCUAGGAGAGCAGCUGGCGCAGCUGGUUCCUGCCAGUGGGGUCGAUGUGGUGGAACUGGAAGAUGAGGGCACCUGUGUGCGUUUCAGCCCAUUAAUGACUUCUGCAGUUUUAGGAACUGAGAUACAGGAUGUUGAUCAGUUAGUAGACUGCUUAAAAAUGAAGAUACCGGUACUGACAAGUACACUGCAACUGAGAGAAGAAUUUGAGCAAGAAGUGAAGAGAACAGUAGGCCUGGUCUAUAUUGAAGAUCUCAGUUGGCCAGGAUUGGGUGUCGUAAGAUACAGCUAUCACAGUGAUGGGAAGAAUGAUGACAAACAAGAAAAGGAAUUAGAAAAAAUUAACACAGAACUGCUGAAAAAACUAAAUGACCUGGAGUCGGAUCUGUCUUUCUCUUUGGGCCCAGAAUUUGGAGGGGAAAAGAAUUGUGUUUAUAUUGGCAUGGUAACUGAGGAUUUGGAUGUGUCUGAGUUAGUUGAAACUAUUGCAGCAACUGGCAGAGAAAUUGAAGAAAAUUCACGACUACUGGAAAACAUGACUGAAGUUGUUAGAAAAGGGAUACAGGAAGCACAACUUCAGCUGCAGAAAGCGAACGAAGAACGACUUUUAGAAGAGGGACUUUUGCGACAAAUUCCCGUAGUAAGCUCGGUGUUGAACUGGUUUUCUCCAUUUCAAGCCUCACCAAAGGGAAGAACAUUUAAUUUAACAGCAGGCUCUCUAGAAUCCACAGAAUCCACAUACGUAUCCAAAGCGCAAGGAACAGGCACCACUCCGCCRCCCACGCCGACCUCCAGCCUCGCCAAGCAGCGCCUUCCUGGUCAAAAAAUUUUUAAAAGAUCUUUAAGAAGCUCUGAUGCAUUUAGUGAGACCAGCUCAAUCAGCCACUGUGAUGACCUGGAGAAGAUGGAGCAGAGACCUCCUGUUCUCUCUCCUGGCCACGACCAAGCGCGGCUGGAGCUGGGAAUGAAGGAGCAGCAGCAGGCGGCCACGCUGGUGACAGCUGCAGAAAGGGACACUGUCCCAAGUGACAAAUCACCAAGCGCCUGCGCGCAGGCAGAGGAACAAGGCAGUCAAAGAUAAAACCCACACUCCGGCUUUGAGACUUUGUAAGGAAAUCACGUACCCUGGUAGGCAGGGUGUUAAUUAAUGAUGCAUUUAAAAUGUGAACAGUGCCACACACUAGUACAGUAACAACUACUGUAACUUAUUAACUGAGAUUUUGCACAGAUAAAAAAUUUAUCCUCCAAAUGGGGCAGAGAUUUGUCUURCUAUACACUUGUUACAGUUGCUUUAUCCUGUAUAUGUUGUAUCACCAAAGUCAUAGUAAGAUUCAUUAACUGCGUGUAGACAUUUGUCAAGGAAUGGCGGUUUAAAACUCCUAUGUGAUUCUAAGCAUGUUGGUAGUUUCUAACAAGUUGAUCAGCCAUACACAAGAUUAAGCCUGCAACUGCACCCAACAAUCAUAAAAUGAUCUUAUUUUAUGUGAAUAUAUUAAAAAAAAAAAAAAGUCAGUUAUUCACCUUUUUAGAUUUAAAAAAUGAGUUUGGCCUCUCUUGCAAAACUACUUAAUCCUACUAGCUCUAUUUUGCCUCUUUUGCAUCCUUACAAAGCAUAUUGCCAAACAGUUGUGGUGCAGUGAGUAGCAAGGAUAGAUAUUGUGUAUGAAUCAGUCACUGAACAGUUACUUUUCCAUCAGCCAUUUCUGUUCCCUUCUGUUGUAUGAAUUGACCCAUUCAGCUAUCGGCCUAGAUAGAGCGGGGACCAAAUUACUGAGGUGUAAACUUGUAGAAAGCACUAGUGGCCCUGCAUGCCUAGAUGGCUUUUUGCUGCCACCCCUGAAAGGAAUCAUCAGUACAUCAUUAUUUUUCCUUUGCACGCCCUUUAUCUUACCGGACACGUUUAUAUAGUGUAACUGGAGGUUUUUUCUGUUGUGUAUUUUUAAAGAUACUUGUUAGUAAAGCUUGGAAAACUGAUACAUUUGUGAUGGUUCAACACUUAUUUUUGAACAAUAGUAACUUACCUAUGGUAGGACUUGUACAAAGAGAUUACAGGUUAGUUACACUACAGCACGAGUUCAUAUCAUCUCUAGGAUUGUUUAAUGCACAAUUUAAUCUUUGACUAAAUCAAAAACUAAAGUGUAGAAGUCUUUGUUCAUCAGUAAAUUAUUUUCAUCUUAGUCACUUUGCUGCAAGUAUUCAGAGCUUGCARUAGUUUCUUCUGAUAAAGAAAUCUUUGAAAAAGCUUGCUUUCUCCAAGGCAUCUGAUUUUGGGAAAAAUCCUGAGUCCCACCCCCUACAGAACUGAAAACAAAUACAAUAACCUGCUUUGAUUUUUUUUUUUAACCUCCCCCAAAUAUGUAAAUCAACACCCCAAUAGCUGUAGUAGUAGCAGGAUUUACUUGGAUAAUCUAAAAGAUUUUUUGUUUAAUUGUCCUGUCACCUAACUUGAUUCUCAGCUUCUAGACUCCACGGGGCUGGGAAGGUUUAAACCAGCCUGAUUUUGC